AUGGGCGGCGGGCACUCCGAUUCUUCACCGCUGGUGGCGCCGACGCCCGCCGAAGACCCUUCUGAGAUUGACCUCGAGGCGGGGCCUGAUGAGCAAAUUCAGUGCCGUAUUUGCCUCGAAACCGACGGUAGGGAUUUUAUUGCUCCUUGCAAGUGCAAAGGGACAUCAAAAUAUGUUCACAGAGAAUGCCUGGAUCAUUGGCGUGCUGUGAAGGAAGGGUUUGCCUUUGCUCACUGCACUACUUGCAAGGCUCCUUAUUAUCUCAGAGUACAUGGUGUUGCCGAUAGGAAAUGGAGAACAUUGAAGUUCCGAUUUUUUGUUACUAGAGACAUUUUAUUUAUAUUUUUAUCCGUGCAACUGGUUAUUUCUCUCUUUGCAUAUUUGGUGUAUCUUAUAGAUGGUUACCAGAAAUUUUGGUUUCGUCUGACAUGCGGUUUUGACAGUGAAAUUAGCUUCUACUACAUCUGUGGAGCAUUAUUGUUUUUCGCUUUGCUUGGCUUAUCCGGAUGCUUUAUAACUUGUUACGACAGAAGAGUGCGAAAUGAUCUGGCUCAGCCUUGUCGAGAACUUUGCCUUUGUUGUUGUCAUCCUGGCAUAUGUGCCGACUGCCACUUGCCUGGCACUCUUUGCAUGUGGGCUGAUUGUACCUCGUGCUUCGAAGUGUACUGGUGGCCACAAUGGUCGGGCAGAGGAUUUGGCAGAGGCACUAUCACAUACUCGCCAAAAGAAUGCUAA